UUAAAGUUCUGCAGUAUUUUGGGUCACAUUGUUAAGUGAGACAAAGGGGUAAAGAACUAAUGUGACAGUUUUCCUGGGAAUUAAGAAAUCAAUCCAGUGAAUUAAGAAGAGACAUUGGAAAAACAGAAGAUGUGAAGAAAACUACGGAGAAGAUGUGAAGUGUUUGUAUUACUGAAAUCCUAAACAUGAGGUGAGCCAAAGAUGCUCAUUCCUAAAACCCAGCCACCACACCUAUGAAGAGGCCAACCUGGAGAGUACAGAGGUCCCCAGCAAGCAGCCCUGGCUGCGCUCUAAGCAGAAGUCAGCAUCAACUGUGUGAGUCAUCCAACUUGAAGGAGCUGCUCAGGUCCAGUGUAUUUCAAGGAACAGAAAUAUAAAGGAAAUCUAGUAUGCUUCCAUUUUUCCCAUGAAGAAUAUUUGCAUUAAGUUUUCUUUACCUCUUGAAAGAAUAUCUGUUCUUGCAUAACCUGUGACUGCUCCAGAUAUUCUGAGAAAGCAGCAAGAAGCAAAAGCUGGAAAUAGCUAUUUCACAGCAGGUAAUCAUACCUCAGGAUGUAGCUACUGUACAAAGUUUAUACUUGGAUAAUCCUGGAUGGGAAUAAAGGUGGGGGGUAACUGCCUGAAAAACCUAUUACUAUACAGGCCUUAGCAUCAUGAAUGGCUUUCUUCAUGAGGAUCUGAAGUUACUAUCUCUGACCACAUUGAACAGAAGAGCCAAUAAGAAUUUCAAAGAGAGCAAUUUCCACUAAGGGAAUUAAGCUACACAAAAGGAACCUUCACACAGAAACUCUAUAAGAAAGGAAAAAAAAUAGGAAGCCAUGUGUUCUACAUAGUAACAGGAAACUGAAUUGUUUCUGGUCCCUACUUUAAUGAGCUUGCCCACCAUGCUGAACCGCAGCUGGAAUGUUCAUUGACAACAGCAAGCCUGAUCUGGAGGUGUGUGCGGCAUAGAAUUACUUGAAUAAACAGUGAAGAACAUUUCCAAGGACUAAACAAGAGUUUAUAAGUCCCAGCCCCUCACCAGGAAAAUAAUAUAUGUGCAUUGGAUUUUCACUCACGCAAAAUUUACUCACAUCGUUCAAUAAGGUAGGAAAAAUAUUAAAGUCUUAUUUUCAUGCCUGAAAUUAUAAAGGCUAAUUAAUACCUAAAGGUGCAGAAGAAAUUAUAUUACACACUAGAUAAGUAUAAAUCUAUAAUUCUCCACCCAUGGAGAAAGGGGAAUCAUAUUUUAGAUUAGAACUUGAAGAAAGAUAAAUGCAUUGUGAAAACAUGUUAUGAGCUAGAAUAUAAUGAAAAAUGUUCAUAAAGCCAUUAUACCAUGUAGUACAAAACAUACAGUAAAAUAGGAAAAAAAGAGUUAGUUUAACAUGAAAUGGAAUUUUCCACUUAGAUAAGACAGAUGUAUUAGUUAUAUAAAUCAUUCCUUCCCAAAAGUAAAUGAAAACAAUCCCUUCUUAUUUUCGUGCUAGAAAUGCCUAUCUCACAAUGUUAAUAUUAAUAAUCAAAGAAAAAUAACAUCAAUAAUAAAAGCAAACAAUUGACUUAACUGGGAUUCAGGAUCUCCAGAGGUGUGUAAUUAUUACAUAGUAUGAGAAUAGAUCUUUUUAUUACAGAUUUCUGUACUUGUACAGCUUACCAUGUAAAAAGCAGAUAUAAAUUUUUGGUUUUUAAGAAUAGUAACAUGAUUAUCUUUAAAUAUAACAAAUCAUAUUCCUAUGUGUCAAUUCAUUAUGAAUAUUAAGGAAAAAUUAGAAAUCUGACAAGCUUGGCCAAUUGUCACAAAAUUAACAUAAAAGUGCUAUGAGAAUGGUUUAAAACAUUCAAUAAAACUAUAUUAAACUUUCAAAGUUAAAUAGAUUUGGCACAAAAUACUUCUUAAUACCAGAAAUAUUUAAGGUAAAAAUAUUGUAUGAUUAUGUUCAUCUUAGCUAGCAUGCAAAAAAAAAAAAAAAAACUCAGGAUGCAAGAAAAAAUUAAUAAAAAUGAUUAUUAGAUGUUUCAAUGUUCACAUCUAUUUUGAAUACUAUUUUAAGUAUGCUGGUCUGAUGGUUUUCUGUUGCUUUUUUUUUUUUUAAACUCACUCCACUUUAGGGCUCUGAAACUACCUUGUGUAAAGACCUCAACACUGCUGACCAUGAUCAGCCCAGCCUGGAGCGUCUUCCUCAUUGGGACUAAAAUUGGGCUGUUCCUCCAGGUGGCACCGCUAUCAGUUAUGGCUAAACCCUGUCCAUCUGUGUGCCGCUGUGAUGCCGGUUUCAUUUACUGUAAUGAUCGCUUUCUGACAUCCAUUCCAACAGGAAUACCAGAGGAUGCUACAACUCUCUACCUUCAGAACAACCAAAUAAAUAAUGCUGGGAUUCCAUCAGAUUUGAAAAACUUGCUGAAAGUAGAAAGAAUAUACCUAUAUCACAACAGUUUAGAUGAAUUUCCUACCAACCUACCAAAGUACGUCAAAGAGUUACAUCUGCAAGAAAAUAACAUAAGGACCAUCACUUAUGAUUCACUUUCAAAAAUUCCCUAUCUGGAAGAAUUACAUUUAGAUGAUAACUCUGUCUCAGCUGUUAGCAUUGAAGAGGGGGCAUUCAGAGACAGUAACUAUCUCCGCCUGCUCUUCCUGUCUCGUAAUCACCUUAGCACAAUCCCCUGGGGUUUGCCCAGGACUAUAGAGGAGCUCCGUUUGGAUGAUAAUCGCAUAUCCACUAUCUCAUCACCAUCUCUUCAAGGCCUCACUAGCCUAAAACGCCUGGUUUUGGAUGGAAACCUGCUGAACAACCAUGGAUUGGGUGAUAAAGUUUUCUUCAACCUAGUCAACUUAACAGAACUGUCACUGGUACGGAAUUCCCUGACUGCUGCACCAGUAAACCUUCCAGGCACAAACCUGAGGAAGCUUUAUCUUCAAGAUAACCAUAUCAAUAGGGUGCCCCCAAAUGCUUUUUCUUAUCUGAGGCAGCUGUAUCGACUUGAUAUGUCCAAUAAUAACCUAAGUAAUUUACCUCAGGGUAUCUUUGAUGAUUUGGACAACAUAACACAAUUGAUUCUUCGAAACAAUCCCUGGUAUUGUGGAUGCAAGAUGAAAUGGGUACGUGACUGGUUACAAUCACUACCUGUGAAGGUCAACGUGCGUGGGCUCAUGUGCCAAGCUCCAGAAAAGGUUCGAGGGAUGGCUAUCAAGGACCUCAAUGCGGAACUGUUUGAUUGUAAGGACAACCCGGUUGUAAGCACCAUUCAGAUAACCACUGGGACGCCCAAUACAGUGCAUCCUGCUCAAGGCCAGUGGCCAGCUCCUGUGACCAAACAACCAGACCCGAAGAACCCCAAACUCGCUAAGGACCAGCGAACCACAGGGAUUCCAGCAAGAAAAACAAUUAUCAUUACUGUGAAAUCUGUCACCUCUGACACAAUUCAUAUCUCUUGGAAACUUGUCCUACCUAUGACUGCUUUAAGACUCAGCUGGCUCAAACUGGACCACAGCCCAGCGUUUGGAUCUAUAACUGAAACAAUUGUAACAGGAGAACGCAGCGAAUACUUGGUCACAGCCCUGGAGCCUGAUUCACCCUAUCGAGUCUGCAUGGUUCCCAUGGAAACCAGUAACCUCUAUCUAUUUGAUGAAACUCCUGUUUGUAUUGAGACUGAAACUGCACCCCUUCGAAUGUACAACCCUACAACCACCCUUAAUCGAGAGCAAGAGAAAGAACCUUACAAAAACCCCAAUCUGCCAUUGGCUGCCAUCAUUGGCGGGGCUGUGGCCCUGGUGACCAUCGCCCUGCUUGCUUUGGUGUGCUGGUACGUUCACAGGAACGGAUCCCUCUUCUCACGGAACUGUGCAUACAGCAAAGGGCGGAGAAGAAAGGACGACUAUGCGGAAGCCGGCACCAAGAAGGACAACUCCAUCCUGGAAAUCAGGGAGACUUCUUUUCAGAUGUUACCCAUAAGCAGUGAACCCAUCUCAAAGGAGGAAUUUGUGAUACACACCAUAUUUCCUCCUAAUGGAAUGAAUCUGUACAAAAACAAUCACAGUGAAAGCAGUAGCAACCGAAGCUAUAGAGACAGCGGUAUCCCAGACUCGGAUCACUCACAUUCAUGAUGCAGGAGGACUUGCAGCAGACCAUGUUUCGGUUUUUAAACCUAAGGGAGGUGAUGGUAGGAGCCCUGUUCUACUGCAAAACACUGGAAAAAGAGACUGAGAAAAGCAAUGUACUGUACAUUUGCCAUAUAAUUUAUAUUUAAGAACUUUUUAUUAAAAGUUUCAAAUUUCAGGUUACUGCUGCGAUUGAUGUAGUGGAGAUGCCUGAACACAAUUCUAUAUUUUAGUAUUUUUUAGUAAUUUGUACUGUAUUUUCCUUGCAAAUAUUGAAGUUAUAAACCAUUUACUUUGUGUUCUACUGAGUAAGAUGACUUGUUGACUGUGAAAGUGAAUUUUCUUGCUGUGUUGAACAAUCAGGACUGCAUUCACAUGAGAUCCUUGUAGUAUAAGCACAGGCCAUUUUUCACUUUGGUAUUAAUAAAAUGUAAAAAAAAAAAAAAACUGGCUGAAUGAGAAAAAUUAAAUUUCAAAAAGUAGUUAUGAAAUAAUGUUCCAACUAUUAAAUUUGUAUUCCAGUGGUAUUUGAUAACCAAAAUAUGUGAAGUAAUGGGCAAUAUCAGACUUGCUGCAUAGCUCCAUUUUUAUGCUAAGUAAAUUAGACCUCCUUAAGAAAGUAAACAUUAUCUUCUAAACUGAAUACAUCAGUUGGCCUAAAAGGAGGGUGAAGUCUGCUGUUGUUAAUGCCAUAAUAAAGGACUUCACGAAAACAAUAAUGUAAGCGUGCUUCCAAGUGGGGGAAACUUGUACUUAGGAAAAAACACGAAAACUUAGACUCACAUAGCGUAACAAACACAAGUAUCAAUUCCAUUUUGGUUUUGCCUAUACUAUCUUGAUUUUUGAAAAGUCAACUUUAAAGACACACUUGUUAGUGUUUACAAUGUUUUUAUCAUAAAGGAAGUUUAAAAAAAGCUUAAACACAUUUUAAGAGUAGUAUAACUACAAGCAAUUCCCCUCAACAAUGAAGAGAAAGUAGUACUUUAAAUAAGUGAGAAUUUAAAAGAAAAAUAAAUACUAGAAAUCAAAUUUAGAUCUGGUUUAUGUGAAAUGUUUUAACACUGUACAUAAAUGUUCAAUUUACUUUCACAAUGAUCAAGAAUACUGCCCAUUACUGUCACGGUUUUCCAGAUACUAUGUAAUGAACUUGUAACCUUUUUUUUCCAGCUUCCUACUGAAUUGUGAGCUAUGACUUGUUUAAAACCUCAUCACUUUUCCGUUGCCAUAACUUUUUUUUUUUUUCCCAACAAAAAACCAAAGUGCAUUGUACGCCCUUUGGCCAGUCUUGUAUGUGCCUUGAUCCAACGCUACAUGUAUUCAGCUUUUAAAACUCGACAAAUUUUUCAUACUUCCUUAAAUAUGAAAAAUUGUGGUCUUAUUGCUGAAUAAAACAAAAAAAGUACAAAAUAAUCGUGUUUGCUUUUUCAAGAUUAUGUUCCUAUCACUAAAGUAGCAAAUUGCCCAGCACAGUAGUCCUAAAUAUCCCCAUGUAUUUUUCUAGGCAAAAAAAAUAAAUGUUGGCUACAGAUAAAAAGACAGCAGUA